AUUUCUCUCAUUUUUUCUUCUAGGUGCUUAUCCAGUCAGUAAGUGCAAAGUGACGCUGAAAAACGCCGACCUCUGGAAAAAAUUCCACAAUUUAGAAACCGAAAUGAUAAUCACGAAAUCUGGAAGACGCAUGUUUCCUUCGCUUCAAGUGCAACUUAGCGAAUUGGAUCCUCAAGAGCAAUACUGCGUUUUUAUGGAAAUGGUACCGGCUUCGAGGUGCAGAUACAAAUACUCUUCGGCAGGCGGAUGGGCACCAGCAGGUUCCGAGGAAGCUCAAAGUCCGCACAGGAUUUACUUACAUCCAGAAAGUCCAGCAAAAGGAGACUACUGGAUGUCGCAGCCUAUUAGUUUUGGAAGGGUCAAACUCACCAAUAUGCCUGCACCACCUGCUGGACAAAUUGUAUUGUCCUCAAUGCACAAAUACCAGCCACGUAUAAUCGUCGUGAAAACCUCAGAUCCUAGGACAAUCGCCUGGUCUCCUAGUACCUACGCAGCUUUUCCAGAAACCCAAUUCAUAGCAGUGACAGCUUACCAAAACGAAAAAAUUACACAAUUAAAAAUCGACAACAAUCCCUUUGCCAAAGGGUUCAGGCAUAAUGGACAAGCCAAAUGCAAAAGAAAGCGUGCCUGUGAAGACAAAGAAGACGAAUUAAUAAGUGUGGAUAGUUUUGAGGAAAACAAUAAUAGCAUUUCCGAUUCGAGUAUUGACAGUAUCGAGUCUGAUGAAGCAAGAAGCAGGAGUUCGUCGUUUGGUUCUCCUUCAUCAGUUAAAUGUGCCAAAAUUGAAGAUGUAACUUAUGAUAGUUUUUCUCAAGCACCUUUUCCUGUUACUCCUCAAGUUUACUUACCUCCAGUUUAUCCUUAUUAUUAUCCGUAUUAUAGUGGCUAUUAUUAUCCUUAUGUAAGGAGUGAGGAGCCUUUGUUUUACUCUCCUAAAUUUAUGGAGGUCAAAAAGCCUAGGAAAAUUACAGACUUUUCCAUAAGGGCUUUGAUAGGAUGUUGAUUUUUAUUUUAAUUGUGAUGCUUUUAAAGCAACCUUUGUUCAAGAGGGUUGAUUCAACCAUAAGUGCAAUAGUUGGUUGCACAAGCUUUGUAUUAAUCAGAGUACUUAAGUUGUUAUAAUUGUAUAAUGUGUAAAUAGGGUUUUCUUUUAUAUAAUUUAUUAUUAGACAGAGACAGAUUCUUUAUGUAAGUGUUUUAUUGUGAUUUAUAGAUAUAUUAUGUACAUAUGCGUGCCUACAGAGGUAUUGACAAAAUAAAAUAUAUAGAUAUGUAAAAUUA